AUGAAGAGUGCUCAUUUGCGAGCGGGACAAAAAUUUACAGCAACGCUCAUCAUACAGGAAUCGUUAAACCUCACAACGAAUGCUUCUUGUUCGGAACCAUAUUCUUGUGUACAAGACCAUAGGAUUUCAAUUGUAAAAACAAAGUCAUCAAAGUCAAUGAAAGAUUCCAAUCUUCGGUUCAUGAUGAUUGAGAUUGUUAAACAAAUAGAAUUUAGUUUAUUUGAAAUUUCAAUUCAAGAGGAUCAUGAGGAGAAUAUGGAGCAUUCGAAUCAAUCCAUUUAUAUUUUGAAAUUUUCUAGAGAUGUGGAGAGAGAAUUUAAAUGUUUCAAACACAUGUAUUCCUAUUAUCGAUAUGAAUAUAUUCCUCAAUAUUUCAUAAUUGAAAAUAAUGCAUCUCUUUCUAAAUGGAAGGCUAUUGCUACAAGAAAAUCAUAUUCUCCUUUAAAUUUUGAUUCUAUUACUUUAAGUCAGCAACUGAAUGCAAGAGUGAUGGCCAAGAGAGUUUUUGAAAUUGUAAAGGCAAUGCAUGAUUGUCAUUUAAUUCACAAUGAUAUCAAACCAGAUAAUUUCAUCAUUGAUUCGCAAGAUGGAAAAUUGAAAAUAAUUGACUUUGAUAUGAGUUAUAUUAGUGUGGAUGAAUCCAUGUCUCCUUCAAUCUUUUGUGGAGAUAAAUUAUAUAGAAGUCCCAACAAAAUGACCCACUCAACCACAAAUGAUGAAACAUGGAUGCAAAACCAGAUUCAAAGUGAUUUAUAUAGUUGUGGUCUAGUAAUGGCUCUGUUCGUACUAGGUCCUCAAAUUCAAGACUCCCUUAAACAAACACGGGACAAACAUCACGUGUUGCAUCAACAAGUUUCAAAACUCCUCUGCCAGAAGGACAAUCCACAAAGAAACAACGACAAACAGCCAAUAAGCACUGAUUGUAGUGAUGAUCUUUUCCAUACGAUUACGUCACUUCUCCAAGCUGAGUGA